CGGACUGUCGUUUGCAAGUUGGGCGGUGUCGUUCACUCAGUGAAACUAUUGAACAGUUUGGAAAAGAUAGUAUUCGUGGUGAGUUUUUAUCCUGCGUGCCUAUAGUCACAGACAAAAACAAGAAAACUACACACAGGAUACAGACAUUAUGAGAAGGUUGGCGAAAGGUAGACUGGUGUAAGUUUUACGAAGCUCAAUCGCUGCGUGGUAAGUGUCCUACACCGCAAAGCGUCGCCAUCUUGAUUUCUGACCGUACAUGACAAGACUUGCUGGGGUGUACGCCUGGAUUGUGUGUCAGGAGAAGGAAGAAUGUUUCAUUUGCGGAAGUAGGACAACCUUAUUGUUGCGUGGAGGUUAUGGAUUUCAGAAGGAUAAGCGGCGUGACACUUCAGUUUUGAAUGAAGAAUGGUAAGAUGAGAUGCAAGUGUAAUAUGCUCACGUGACGAAAAUCAGCCAGCUGUCCCAACAAGCCAAAUAACUCUCAGUCGGAGACGGUGUGCAACACGAGUGGAAAGAGACAGCCGUGUGCAGCUUUCGAUGAUGAUAAUCACCAGUAGAUCUUUCGCUGCUUGCAUGUUGGUGGACUGCAGUGUGUCGAGCGAGGCUGGUGGUGGGCCAGCGCACUGUGAGGCAGUGCCGCGGGUGGACAGCAGAGCGCCAGAGGCUGAGAGCACUCUAAUUUUCUGGGGUUCCCCCUCUUUAGGCUAAGCUGAUCAGCCGCCGAUGUGCUCAAGUUGGAUAUCCCACAAAAUCAGGGUUUGCAUGAUCAUUACACUACAAGCGAAGCUAGCGGGAAGUUGCUCUGCGUGCUCAUCAGUGUUCCCUGACCCUCCGCAGCAUGAAUAUUCAUUACUGGAAUACCGCCUACCCAGCGAUGUGCGUGCACACUAUAUGUUCCACAUGAUACGAACGAGGGGUGAUGACAGCUACAGAUGUAGCUUGGGUUCCCACUGUCUACACGCCAACGUAAAUUCAGCAAUGUACGUGUAUUUCGAGACUAUAUGCUACACUAGCCAGCCACAGGAGCACAAAAUCUGGAGAGGAAAAGGGGACCGACUAUACAUCGUGCCUGGUCACCUUAGCCACGAGAAGAGGAAUGACAUCUCAACUCAAGCAUAAGAGGGAAACACUGCGAAACUGAGCUAGAGGGGCACCCACGAGGGCUCGGACCGUCGUCUACAACAUGAUAAGCUACCGGAAUGGAGAACCUCUCGCCAAGCCCGCCCGUUGAGCCUUCGUCCCCAUGGGCCGAGAGACGAUUAUCUCAAAUCGCGUGCGAAGCGGGUUCCAAGAAACAGUCGCCGUCAGACACCUGUACUCGACCCUCCCGGGGGACAGUUUCACGGACUGACAGCGUCGAUUCCUUUCACGUGACCCUGGAUUAUGCAGAGACCAGUCUGUACACCAGGGCGAGUCCAGGAAAAGAGUUUCCCAAAGACAGAGCCCAACAUCAAUACCAACAACAAGAGCACCACCACAGCUCCACCAAUGCGCACACUUCCAUGGCUAAUGGAGCCAAGCCAGUUAAACGGCUCAAGCAUCCAGCCGACCAGAGUCUGAUUCUUCCUCUGAUUGGUACGCUGGUUUUCGUCUUUCUUGCCCUGGCAACAUGCAUUCCAGUGUUAUUGGUUACCUUCGUUGCUGUUCCUGUUGCGUACGGCGUGCGGAGACUGGUAUCCUGUCGGCAUUGCGCAUGCGUCGGUUGUCCAAACCUAGUGUCUGCCGUUGACCGAUACUGGCUGUACGAAACCGAGUUGAACCAGGCAGUGAACCAGUGUCUCCUUCAUUUGGAAGGCAGUCUGGAAGUCACGCGCCUUCGGGACCUGCUUUUAGCUCGGUUAAUAUCCGCCGAAAACAGACGAGGUAGCAAGUUGUACUCCCGAUUUACACAGCGCGUUAUUCCAGCUGGGUGCGGCUACCAGUGGAGCAACGACGAUAACUUUAACAUCGAUAACCACAUAAUCAAAGUUGCCGAGUCUUUCAGAACUAAAGCAGACGUUGUUAGGUACGUUUCCGAACUCUCUUGUCAGGCCUUUCAACGUGACAGGCCACUCUGGGAGAUGCAUGUUCUCCAACUGGGUCAGGAACAGCCGGACACGCUCUUACUUUUCCGAAUCCACGCGUGCGUGUCGGACGGUGUAAAUCUAAACGAGUUAUUGCACAAGGCCUUAGCAGACACACACACGAAGUCUCCUGUUAAUGUGCCGCGAAAGACACGCUUUGGGAGACGCGCGUUCGCUUUCAACGCAAUAAGGGCACUGAUCGUGGGACCACUCGUUGUCAUCCGGCAGAUCCUCUGCGGCAACGAAGACUUCAGUCUGUUCCGCGAGAGACGAAUGACGGGUCAGAAAGAGGUGACGUGGUCCGAUGCCAUCCACUUGCCGCCUGUAUACCGCGUCAAACUUGUGACCCGUUGUACGUUGAACGAUGUGGUCAUGUCAGCAGUGGCCGGAAGCCUUAGACUCUAUCUCCAGUCUUCAGGCGUGGACAGGCCAAAGAACAUUCACUCCAAUAUGGCCGUGGACUUCCGAGGCUCUGAGUUGCAGCGUGGCAUCGGGCCGAUGGGUAACCACUUCACCUUGGUCAACGUCAAGCUACCAACGAGCACCGAAGGCGCAAUCCCUCGACUGUGGGACACCAAGCGACGCAUGGAUGAACUCAAGCUCUCAGCAGAGCACGUGGUGCUGUACGGCAUGACCCAAGCGGUCUUAACGACAUUCCCCGAGUCGGUGGCGCAGGGCAUCCUUACAUCCUUCUUUGGAGAGAGUAGUUGCACCGUGUCCAACCUGGCUUUGGGGGAAGACAUCCUUUCUUUAGGCGGCAAGCAUAUUAAGAUGAUUCUGUACUGGAUGUCACCAGGAGACGAGGUGCCCAUAAGUAUAUCCAUCCUGACCUAUGCCGGUCAGAUGAGAGUUGCUGUUCAGGCUGAUAAAGGAAUCGUACCAAACCCACAACUGAUUGCUGACGAAUUUAAAAGACAGAUUGAGACACUGGUCAGCUUACUGGCACACCGACGAAUCCCAGGAGAAUACAGACGUCGUGCUAUUGAUGAAGACGAAGACGAGGAUGAAGAAAUGGAUCCCCUGGAAGAGGAAAUUCGCACUCCAUCCUCAGCUUCAGGUAGGAAAAACCGUCCAUUAUCAGCCAAUUGUCUCCAGCGGCCGGGCUCACGGUCGUCUUCGAUCAUGCGCCCGCUGUCCACCUCCACGGACAUCAAUGAAGCCAACGGGGCUCUGGAGGGCGUCCUAGGGUCCAGCCGCGAGACAUCUGACCAGAUUGGCGGCAAGGCCACAGAAAAAAGGGCGGAAAGCAGUUGCAGCAUGGAGUGCGUGAGUUUCUCGGCCGAACUGAGCCACUCUGAGGGCGAGUUUGCUUUCGACAUUUCACCCAGCGUGGAGAGACGGAACUCAGCUGGCCAUCUUGUUUAGAAAGUGAAAUACUGCACUAAUCUCCAUGACAGAGUAACUGUUCCUUCAUAAUGCAAGGAAAGGUGUGCAAUUUGUAGUUACAUCCCGCAAGUGGAAAGCCAUUUUUUUCUGAAAGUACUGAGCGUGCACAGGUAUUUAUUAAACUCGUAUUUAGUCUUAAUGCUGGCCUCUAAAUCUUUUUGUAAUGAAACUUUUGGAGGUUUUUCUGAAUUGUGAUUGUGAAACAAUUUCCAAACAUACCAAACUAAUUCUGCAUGCAUAAGUUGACAAAGCAGUAAUGUGUUACCGUUUGAACUGUCCCUUCGUAUCUCUAAUUGGUGAAGGGGGAUGAUGUUUGAAUUCGUGAGGGCUGGAUGUUUGCAGAAACGAGUUUUCAACGCACAUGUGUUGAAAAUAGUUCUGAAUGCGAUUUCAGCCCGUAGAAUAAGAUAAUGUUUCCACGGAGCUGUCUAACGAUAAUUUGUCAAAAGUUACAGAAUAACUUUCAUCGAAUGUCCAUUGCCAAAAAUACAAUCUUUGUGUCAAAGCUGCUACUAUGCUUCAUCAGGUUGAAUUUGCAUUUUCAUUUCUUUUCUGACAGAGAAGGGGAGAUUUCCAUUGAAGGAAAUGAUUUUUCAACUGAACAUUUGUUAUUGUGCAGGAAAGCGUGUAUAUGUUCAUUAUCCGUGAUUACGAUUUCAGCAAUUUUCCAAUUGUGACAAGUUCAAGUGCAAUGCAUCGACUGGAGAACCCAGGUAGAGGUUACAGGUUCCUAUUGACUCAGUUCAACACGUUGAAAGUACUUUGAGUAGCUAUUUGAUUUAUUGACUUUAUUUCAGUGAAUUUUUCCCGAAGUCCUUCGCUUUAUAUCAUCUCCAUGUGCAGCUGAUGGUUAAGGGAAAACAAAAUUAUUUAAAUGUGCACUGUUCGGAUUUCAGGUUUAUAGAAUGUAUUCUAUUUUCCUUUAAUAGUUCAUUGUAUUUUCAAGUUGGAAUAGAUAUUGUUGUUAAAUAUUCAGAAAUAGUAUACAUGUGAUAUGAAAGAAGAGAAAUUCGCAAUGAUCGAACUGGAGGGUAAAUAAAGAAAACAAUCGUCUUACAAUUCAC